ACGAGGGCAGCGCGAAGGACGAUGUGGUGUCGCAGCCGGAACAUCAUCAAAUGGAGCAUGCGCUGCCGUUGACGCAACUGAUGCAAAAACUGCAGCAGCACGCGGGGGAGCACUCGUUGUUGCCGAUUUCGGUCAAAUACAGCAUGGAAAAUGAGGGAAAAAUGCCGGAUUUCGAACUCCUCGCACAGGAGACGAACGCGAAUUUUGGCAACAUCGUCACGCAACUGCUCACCAACCCGGAUUUGGCCAAGAGCGUCCGGUGGGACGAACUGUCGACCGAGGAUCAGCAGAUGCUGCGGUUGCACCUCGCCAUGUUGAAGACCUGUGCGGUGUCUGCGACGGGGAAUGAGCGGGUGUUCGUCCGCGAGCCCUGCCACCGAACCCUGACCAGCGAGCUUCUGUGCCCGAAUUUGAAAGGUCCGGCGGUCACCCCCCGGAAAAAGAAGAAGAAAACGUCGAAUGCAACUGCUUCGAGGCAAGGCGGAAUAAGUACGUCUAAACGGGACGAAAGGUCCACAUCUCCGGACAGCAGGCACAAGAUUCCGAUGUCGUCGCCCAUGCUUCGGAUGUUGGCGGAAACGAGAACCCCCGGGAGUUCUCCCGAGGACUGGCGAAGGAGAAACGAAGUCGCAAACACGACGAAACCGAGUUUGUACAUGGAAGAAUUUGCCUCCAGUGGGGACGACGGCCAGGAAUACGAGUAUGACUCUGAGGACCAGUUGCGCAAGGACGUGCGCAGACUCGUCCGACAGUACGUCGUCGAUGGAGACAGCAGCGAGUACUGCAGCACGUCCCCGUCCUCCGCCGGCACGGGGUCGCCCAAUCCCCGGCGCGGGACCAGCGUGGGAAGUGAGUCCGGUAUUGUUCGGGAGAAGAAGAGCAGCAAAUCCGCAUCACGUAGAAACAAGAGCGCUGCAGCCCUCGCGUAUCCUUCUCGCGCCACGCAAAAGAAGCUUUUGGCCGGGUUGGCGAAGUACGAGCAGACCUUGUCCGGGCCCAUGCGCAAACGCGGACGGAUCUACAAGAAGCGCAAGCUGCGGAAGGAAAAGGGCUUUGUCGGUUCAGAGUCCUUUCAGCGGCUCGCGUCGGGCGUGCGCUCGCUUGUGAACAAAAAGAAGAAGAUGCUGGGUGGCGGGAGACAGGACAACAUGGGCGGAGAGAACAGCAGCAGUCAGAGUCCGCACAAGCUGUCGCCGCUGCGGCUGACGAAGCACCACAACUGGAAUGAUCUCGCGGCUGCGCACCGGGAUCUGUUGAAUCAAGACAACAGUAGACAGCACGGGGGCAUGUUGGCUGCGACCACCAGUCAACACGCGCAGAAGGAACAAACGCUGGAAGAACUGAAUGAAGAAGAUUCAUCGAGUUGCAGUGCUUCAGCCCCGCCCUUGCCGCGGGCACCCGCAGGGUCGACGAUGACGGCGUCUUUCACUUCUGGUGCGGCUUCGGAAAACCCCACAGGAGGACAACAGCAACAAACACAGCAAGCCUCCUUUUCCUCCACCGCUGCGCGCAUCUACGCUGAUCAGGUGUCCGACGAUCCCCACCGGAUCACGCAGUUUGACGUGCAGAACUGGACGAAGACAGGGCCCAUCGACCAAACGCCGCCCUCGCGCGGUUUGUACUCCGCCAACACGCCCGACGACCCGCUUUCGGUGGGGAAGCAAGUGGAAUCUGCAAACGGAGGGAAUAGCAACCCCAACAACGGAACUUCUUCCAACGGCAAAUACGAUCCGAUCACGGAGGCGGCGCGGCGCCGGCGCACCUUGCAGACGCCGAAAACACCCUACCGGCAGCCCUGGGGGGUGCAGCCCACUGCGUUACCUCCCGCGGCGCCGGGGAACGACGUGAUAACGCCGAGUAAAGAGCAGUCGCAGAAAAGCUACUAUCUGCAGAACAAGGAGCAUAGUAGUUCCUCUGCGAAAAAGCGGAUGAACAAGCGGAACGAACCGGAAUACUUGAAAUGCUCUAAAACCUUCGCCGAGGGCGUGAUCCACCAUCGGAGAUUGAUCGGGACAAGGGAAAACAGCGCUUCCUCCGCAUCGUCCACUGCAGGCGACUUUGGGUUCGACGAGAGCACGCGACCACCUUUGCCAGCUGGUCUCUCAUCUUCAAGCAAGAAAUUAUACUACCACGCGCAGAGCCCCACGGGGAAGCAUACGCUCGACGCGGAUCUGUUUGCGGGUUUGGUGAACCGCGUGAAGGGGGCGAUGCCCGGUCCGCUUUCCGACGUGGAGAUGGGACAGCAGCGGGGCGGUGGACAGCAGGGAAAUGCGAACGAGGAGGACAGCGCGACAUCGCAAUCGAAUUCCCUAGGUCGGGUUCGGCUCGACGGCUGGCAUCGCGGGUUGAAUAACGUCGACGGGGAGUCGAAUGGAAGCAAAAAAGGCACAAGCGAUAUCGAGGUGGACGACGGGAAUUAUUUGGACGAUGUGAACGAAACGAUGUUGUCAAAAGUGCUGGAUGGCGGAGAGGAGGACGAACAUGAUGAUCGACUCGGGAAUGCCAUGGAUCCUGAUGCAAUGAAUAACAGUUCCGACAUUUCUGUCGUUCGCGGCGAAGCGCGCGUGAGUGUCGACGGACGGUCGCCGCAAAACCGAACGGAAAGAGCGUUUGUUUCUGACGAGGAACCGGGUGAAGCGGUAGAGCACGAUGGAACACCACUCGAGUCCCACCUCGUCCCGCAAUUCAGUGACACAUCCGAGAAAGACGCCGAGUCUGACACUGCCGUUUCUGGCGAUUCAAAGAAGAAUAUAGCCGCGAUUCAACAACGACAAAAAAACCUCUUACUUUCGCCCUCGGAACACGACCGGCCGCAGGGGCGCCGAACGACAAGGCGGGGGCAGGGGCAGCGCAGUGGGAGACCGAUCGAGACCGAGGUGACGCGGUUCAAACAGUUGAACGGUACUAGUACUGCAGGAGCGGCAGGCGGACCGCAACUACUCGGGUCGUCGAGUGCGACAUCAAAUGUGCAUCCCGCUACGAGCAAGCGGGACGCCAAGGCGAAAACGCUGGGACUGGGGACGACGACAAAUUUCUACAAUCGGGACACUCACUUUGCUUCGAUGGACAGUUUGGCCGGCGCCUCUGAAGACAUGACACAGGCGGCGAUUGAAUUGCUCCGGACAGGAAACACGGACAUUAUGAAAGUCGAAUCCGUUGGAUCGCUGUCCUUUGCGGGAGGUGGAAAUAACGCUACUUCCGCUGCCUCUUCCAGCAAAAGCAAGCAAAUGCAGCCAAAUCUUCCACCGCAGGUGCCUACAACCACGUCGACGUCCAGCACACAGAGAUUAGCGCAAGUCGACUUUUCGCAAGCCAUCAUGACGAGGCCGAAGGGCAGCCCGGCGGGGAGCGACAGGUCAUCUGACCAUCCUGCAGCCCCUGCGCAUGACAGUACUAAUAGUAACCUUCCGUCGAAUGCCAGUGGUGCAACAACCACGUCGACAGUGAAACCGCACGUGAUCGCGAAGCCGAAUUACUCCACGACGCAUAAUAAACCCGUGAUUUCGAGGACGAACUCGAAGGAGGACCGCGCGGAAGCGAUUUCUUCCUCUUUCACCAGCGCCCAGAAGCAGCAGCAAUCCGAAGUGGAGCAGCUCGCCGGCCUCGUCACGAACAAGGACGGCACGAUAGACAUUUUAUCGGCGAUGAACAAAAACCUACGCAAGCAGCUAAAGGAGAUCGGGGUGAAGGAUAGCAAAGAACAUCAAGCAGCAGGCGGUAGCACCACUCUACCAUCAUCACCAGGCGGGAAACUUGUGAAGGGGCAAACAAGUGGGCUCGUCGGCCGCAAGGACCAUCAUUUCUCCAGCACGUCGCGUUUCAUCCAGCAGCAAGUGGUCGAGGCAACCAGUUUGCAGGCAACCGCGACCAGCAAUCGUGGGUUCGGGUCAACUUUAGGUGGCGGCGGGACCAGCUCGCCGUUCAAGCGUUCACCCGGAAAAUUGCCCAGGAAGAAGGACCAGACCGCGCCGAGGUUCCUGUGAGCCUGGAGGGAGCAGGAACUGUUUUGUAAUUGAGCUGCUGUUGCGUGAGCCUGAAGUGCAUCACGUGCGAUGGACCGAUUAUUCAAUGAGCUAUGCAGGAAGGAAGUUCGUCGUCAACCUCGACGGCCUCGUUCUGACGGAUUAAGAUGAUAUGCGCGUUAUCCAGGUCGUCAGAAAAACUUUGAAAUACAGAACAUUUGUUUUCGGCGGGCUUCAAUUCAAAGGUAAGAGU